GCCGCCCCGCCGGAGUCGGGCCCAGCCGCCUCGGGAGCUGCUGCCGGAGCCGGCGCCCGCCAUGGGCGUGGGCUAUGGGGGGAUGCGCUGCAUCAAGAUCCUGCUCUUCAUCUUCAACCUGACCUUCUGGCUGGCAGGACUGGCUGUCAUUGCCUUUGGGCUGUGGCUGCGGUUCGGUGGGCCCAUGGCAGAGUUUGCUACAGACAAAAAGUCCCCGGAACUUUUCUUCAUGGGGCUCUAUGUGCUGGUGGGAGCAGGGGCCAUCAUGGCAGCAGUUGGAUUUUUCGGGUGCUGUGGAGCAGCACGGGAGUCCCAGUGCUUAAUUGGAACAUUCUUUGCUUGCCUGUUGGUGAUAUUUGCAGGUGAGGUCACUGCUGGAGUCUUUGCCUUCAUAGGCAAGAAAGUGGCAAUACAGGAAGCCCAGAAAAUCUAUGAAGAUGCUUAUGAGGACUACAUGAAAAACCCAGUGGGGAAGAUGAACAGUACCAUCUAUCGCUACCACGUGGCUCUGCAGUGCUGUGGUAAAGGCAAUGUGGAACAACAACCGGGAUUACCCUGCCCAGAGAACAUCCAGCUGCCAAAGAACUGCCUGGUUGAAAUUCAGAAUGUAAUUGAUACUCAUCUGCGCUUAGUUGGAAUUGUUGGAAUUGCAAUUGCUAGCAUCACAAUCUUUGGCAUGAUAUUCAGCAUGGUUCUGUGCUGUACGAUCCGUAACAUGAGAGAAAUGAUCUAAAACUGUCACUGUACAACUGUGCCAGGAGUUCCAGACUAAGCUUACAAGAAGUGCUCUUCUACCCAAUUUAAUAAUUGUAAUGCAUUUUAAUCAGUGUUUUAACAUACUGAGAGGAAAAUAUCCCAUUAGGUGAUCAGGUGAAUUGUAUUAGUUACAGUAAAACUGAAGUGAACAAAAAGGGGUUAAAAUGUCCUUUUUAAUGAAAAAAGCAAAGGUGCAUCUAAAACUAAUUUGAUUUUUAAUGUUUGUAGAUGUGCAAUUAAGAGUUUACACAUGCAUAGACUUUGUGUAAGCACAUGCAUCUCUGUCCUUACAAACACCUCUGGAUGUGAGCAGGUCCCUGGAUGUGCAGUACCUGUCUGGGUGAAUAUCUGCAGGUGGAACACGCUGUGUGUGCACCCAGAGUGUCCCCUGCAGGAUUGCACAUCCCACAGGGACACAGAGCCCUCUCACAGCCAGGCCCUGUUUGCCAAGAAUCAGCAGAGGGACAAAUGCCAUUGUAACAACACCUAUGAUCCAUUUUGUGACUUUAUUUUCCAAAGCCCAAACAGAGUAGAACUAAUAAAAUUGGACUUUAAAAAAAUAAUUAAUGCCUAAGGGCCUGCUCCAGCAAACUUGAAUAUAUGUGAGUAGACCCACUGGCUUCACUGUCAUGCAGAGACUGGGUAUUUAUUUUUUUUAGGACUGGACCCUUCAUACAAAUGCAGAAAGUUCUGGGGGAGAAAACACAUCCAAAGAGAUCCAGGCUAAAGGAAGAGGGGGAAAGAGGUGGGAAGCUGGCAAGACCAGGCAGUCAUUUGGGACCAGCUGCAGUGCAAAGUGUGCUUAAGCUUCCCAAGCUAGGCUGAGAUACACCAAAAAAACUCAGCUGUAGGUUCAAGGGGCCACUAAAAUCCACAUUCAGCAGCCCCUUUGUCCCAAAAGCCUCGCUGUGGCUACAGAGUGGUGCAGGAGUGGAGCCUAGGUCCAGAAAAGCAGCCCCUUUGUCAGAUCUCUGGAGAAUCUAACUGGCCUGUGGAAGCCAAACAAAGAGUGAAAGUGGUCAGAAAAAGACACACAGCACUUUAAUAUCCUCACUUUCUGCUUCUGUGACUAUCACAGCUUCCACAGGGCUCUUACCUCAACCUCUCGCCCUUUCCUGGGGCAGAAGGCAGGAAAGAAAGAUGGGACAUUUUUACAGAAAUGAAGUAAGUUUCUUACUGGCACCUUUAGAUUGCAUGUCAGGUAUAAAAAUUACACUGUGUGCUUGAAAUACCUCAGGGCUUGCGUUUACGUAGUUUGUUUCUGUGUUUUAAUUUUUCUACUUGUCAUAUUUAUUCAUAAGAGAAUGCUCCUUUUGAACCAGCCUAGAAGGGAGAAAGGUUGUCCCCAGAAAAAUAAAUUACAUCAAAGGCUCAGAAUCUCUUAAUUUUUGGCUUGCUCAAGAUAAUUCACAGUUGCAGAGAACAGCUUUUUGUUAACUAUACCCCCAUAGCUGCAGAUCUGGUGAUCAGCAGUUCAGAUUCCUGCUGCAGUUGUUCCAUACAUGAUGGGGAGAAGUUCACUUAAACUACACAUUCCAACAUUGUCUGAGUGGCCUUGGGGUUUACAAGUCAUGGGGUCCUUGUUCCACUGAAACACAGUGGAACAAAAUGGGAUUUCAGGAAAUAUGUGUAUUCUAGUGCACAUGUCUGUGUGGGAUAUACCACCCUUUAUCCAUUAUUUGCUUUUUAUCUCUUAUUCCCCAAGGAAACUCAAACUCCCAUCAGUUUUCUGUCACUUCAGGACUUGGGGUAGUGCUGCUGCUCCAAGUCUCUGCUUUAGUUGACACAUCUUGCUGUCUUUUACAUGGAUUUCUCUUUUCCAGUCGUCCAACCGUGAGCUGUGGCACUGCAGUAAGAGCUGGGCACAGCAGGCACUGCUGACUGAGCCAUGUCCAGGCUGAGCUUGAGGCUGGCAGGGACACAUGAGCUCACACACCAGAGAAGAGCCAGGCUGUGUCACUGUCACAGCUGAUUAGCAAUGGAUGUUAAUUAAAAACAGGGCCUGAGACUUCAUUCU